AUGGCUCUCGAAGCGAUGAAUUCUCCGACUUCGUUCACCAUCCGGAAAAACAGAAUCGAAGCGACUGAUGAUUUGAUGAGCGACGCCGUUUUCAUGGAGCCUUGGCUGAAACGCAAACGCUCGAAACGCCAGCGUUCUCACAGCCCUUCUUCAUCGUCUUCCUCACCGCCUCGAUCUCGACCGAAAACUGAGAACCAGGAUCUCACAGAGGAAGAGUAUCUCGCUCUGUGUCUCCUCAUGCUCGCCAAAGAUCAACCCUCUGAUCACCAAACGCAGACGCGAUUUCAACCGUCACCGCCGCCACAAGAAUCGACAAAGGUUUCGUACAAGUGUAGCGUUUGCGGGAAAGCGUUUCCUUCGUAUCAAGCUUUAGGGGGCCACAAAGCCAGUCACCGAAUCAAACCUCCGACCGCAAACACAACCGCCGAUGAUUCAACAACAGCUCCGAGCAUCGCCGUUGCCGCAGACAAAAAUCCCAAUUCCACAACAACCAUCGCUCCCUCCGGAAAGAUCCACGAGUGCUCAAUCUGCAAUCGAGUGUUUCCGACUGGUCAAGCUCUCGGUGGUCAUAAACGUUGUCACUACGAAGGCAACCUCGGCGGAGGAAGCAAAUCGAUCAGCCACAGUGGAAGCGUGUCAAGUACGGUAUCGGAAGAACGGAGCCACCGUGGAUUCAUCGAUCUAAACCUCCCGGCGCUACCGGAACUCAGUCUUCAUCACAAUCCAGUCGUCGACGAAGAGAUACAAAGCCCGUUGACCGGUAAAAAACCGCUUUUGUUGACCUAUCGCGACCAAGUCAUCAAGAAAGAAGAUUUCUCUCUGAAAAUCUAA